AUGACCAAAGACACGAUAAAGGUAGACUUUCGUCUUCACCAGUCCGGUAAUCUGAUUGAAGGUUUUUUAAAAAAGAAGGGUAAAAACUUAAUCAAUCGAGCACCACUUCGUUACGUAAUUGUACGAAAGGAUGGUCUUUAUUAUUUUGAUGUAAAGAAGGAUGAAAAGAAUGGUCAAGAUCAACCCGAUCUUGAUACUUGUCUUGGAUUUAUAAAUAUUCUUGAUUUACAAUCAGUGGUUGGAGAUGAAUCUGAUAACAAAUUAACAAUAACAGCAGAAAAGAAAAAGAAAACUAAACAAUUUGUAUUUUUCACUGAAAAUAAGGAUUCGUAUACAAAUUGGUUCAAUGAAGUAAAGAAAUGGGAAUCACAAAAAGAUUUAUAUGUAAAAUCAUCACCUCAAACCAAUCAAUCAACAUUUUCAAGUGGUGCUUCAUCAAGAAAUUCUGCAAAAUCAGCAACCAAUGAAUUAACUUCCAUCUCACAAAGAGUUCGAUCAUCUUCGAGUAGACUUUCAUUGAACAAACCUAUUGAUACAGGUGGUCUAUUUUCACAGAGUCCACCUAAUAGUGGUGGUGGUGGUGCAUUGAGUGGUGGUGUUGCAAGUGGUGGUACUGGAGACAGUUCAGCAACUACUCCAUCAACUCCUUCCACAAUUAUUUCUGGAAGUUCUGCUACCCCAAUUAUUAAUCCAUCCACUACAAAUGUUACUGCAGGUACGAGUCCAACUGGUAUUGGAUCUAUUCUCAAUAGGAAAAAGACAACUUUUGAAGAUGAAGAUAUUGGAACGGAGGCAAAUAUUUCUGAUGAAGAAGAUGAAUUGGAAAAUGACGAAGAUGAUGAUAAUAUGAGUGGUCUCAGUGCAAGAAGUAGAAGUUCAACAAGAUCAAGAAGAAGUGGAGUUUUGAAAGGAAAAGAAAAAGGAAAUUUGUUUGACUUGUUAAAUUCUCAAAAAUUGGCCGAAUCAAGUGUUGCUAGAAGACACUCUGUCAUGUUUGAUAAGGUUUCUGAUAGAUCUUCAGUUAUUUUCGAUGAUGGAUCAUCACACAGUGGUGCUGGAAAUCGUAAGAACGAUGAAGAUCAAUUUGAUAAGAGAAGAUUCCAAAAUAUCAUGUCAAUCUUCCCAAUUGAAAGAGAACAUUCUCGUUAUUUUGAUGAUGGUAAACGUGUUGAAUUGACUCAACCAAUAGCAGAAGUCAAAGAAUGGGAAGAAGAAUUAAUCAGCUUUGAAACUAAACGUUCUCAAAAAUCAGAAAAAGUUGAUGAAAAAUCCAUCACUACUCUCGUUCCUCAUGAUUUUGCAGAUGCUAAGGAAAAGUGUAAGGAAACUCUUCAACAAGAGGACAAAUUCUGUUACUGGGCUCACGAAGUUGUGUGGUUCAAUCCAAGAGUAGUCGGUAAUAAGAAUCAAUACAAGGAAGCACUUCUCGUGUUGGGUAACAGAAAUUUGUACAUUAUUGACUCGAAGAGUUUCAAAACUGAAACAAAGGUCAGAGUGAAUGAUAUUGUUCACAUUGUUCAAUCUGGUUAUGAGGAUGACAUUGUUGGUAUUGUAAGAAAGAAGGACAGAGAGGAAAUGUACGAUAUUCUAUUCCAAUUCACAGAAACUAAAAAAACAAGAGGUGCCGAUGAGACAUCCAUUACUGUUCAAGAUGAAGAGAGAAUUAGAGGGAAAUCAUUUGCUAACAGUUGUUCUGCUCUCUUUAAGGAACAAGAAAAUGAAAUCUACUUGAAAAAGAUUGAAUUCUUUGAUUAUAUUUCAGCAAUUUUCCUUUCACAAAGAGGUUUGCAACUUAAAAUCUUCUUUGUCAAUGAUGUAAGACAAGCAGUUAGAACAACUGAAAAGGAAGAUCCAAUUGACUUGAAUGAAAAGAAUAUUCUCGAAUCAACAUCCAUUCUCCAAAUCGAUAAGAAGCAUGAUUUUAUCAAACUCUAUUUGGAACCAAUUAGAUGUAGAGUUAUGAGUGAAUUUGGUGAUAAACAAGUGCUAUUUGCUGGUCUCCUUGGUAAGAAGAAUAAGAGAAACAAGUAUCAAAAUCGUACCAUUGUCAUUACUAAUAGAGCUCUCUACGUCUUUGAUCCAAAGAAGCAAAAAUCAUUCAAGAGAAGAAUUAAACUCUCUGAAAUCUCAAGAGUUUACAGAAAUAAGAAGAAGGGUGUAUUGAUUGAUGUUCCUAGUGAAUAUCCACUUUGUUUGGUUCCAAAGCAAAAUAUGGACGUUUUUGAAGAUUUUAUAACUGUUCUCUCUACUUUGUAUUUUGAUAAGGAUUUAGUUCAACAUGUAAAGGAUAAUGAAUUUGAUUCAUUUGACUUGGAAAAGUCUCAAGGUUUCAAGGAAAAGAUGAACGAAACUGAAGAUAUUUUACAAGUCCACAAUCAGCUCAGAACAGCCAUUAGUUCUAAAGAUGUUAACCAAGUUAGAGAAUAUUUGGCCUACGCUGAUGCAUUGGUUGGUAAGAGAGAUCCUCAAGAAACUAUGAGUAUUAGAGAUUUGAGAAUUCAAGCUAGUGAAUUCUUAGCUGAUGUUCGUUUACAAGAAUUCAUCAAGGAAAAACUUCAAACUGCUUUCAUUAACAGAGAUUUCCUUGAAAUGAGUAGAAUGUUGGAUCACAUUGAAACUAUCAAGAAGGAAAGAGGUGAGGAAGAAAUCUACAAAGUACUUGCUGACUAUCUCAAGAGUAUCAAAACUGAAAAGGAAGUUGUCAUUAACAAACACUUACUCAUGACAAGAAUCGAAUAUUUACUUGCUGGAGGUGUUGAUACAGAUAAUGAGAGAAGAAUUCUCGAAGCUGUUGAUAUAGCCAAGAGAGCUGGUUUCGUAAAGGAAGUUGAAAAGUACAAACAAGAGUACGACAAGGAAAAGCAAAAGAUCUACAUUGAUCAACAAAUUGCCGAAGUCAUCGAUAGAAAGAAGAAGAAUACCAGCUUUGACUCAGAUGCCGAUCGUUUGAUUUGUCUGAUUGAAAACGCCAAAGCAUUGGGAAUUUAUGAAGGCAAAAUCCAAAAGACAUUCGAAGAAAAUACCAAAGAUUUCAUUACCAACAAAUCCAACAAUCACAAUUUCAAGUCAGUUAUUGAACAAACUAGAAAGGAUAUUGAGAGUAAUCAUUCUAAACUCAAGAAGGAAAUUGAAAAGGUCAAGAUUGGAGCUGAAGGUUAUACCAACAUUGAUAAGGCCCUCGUUGAUGAAGCUGAAAAGGUCCUCAAGGAAAUUGAAAAUAUCAGAAAGUACCAAAAGAAAUUGAAUACUAUUCUUGAUAAGACUGAAAAGGGAGUUUUCAAAUUGGAAGAAGCUCAAUAUCUCAUUGAAAAGUGUAAGAAAAAGUUGGCUAGUAAACGUAAAGGAUACGGAGAAACAAAGGACUAUAGAGAGUUGACCAAGAGAGCUAACAAUACAUACAAUGAACUCAAACGUGAAACCAAGAGAAUUUACAAACAAGAAGCUUCAAACAUUGCUUUGACUUUGAAGAAACUUCUCGACGAUCAACAAUACGACAUGUUGAGACAAAAACUUGCCCAAAUCAAUACUGCAGAAAUCAAACCAGCUCUUGUUGCAGAACUUCCUGAACUUCAAAAGAUCAUUGAUGAAGUUGUUGACAAUUUGAAUACCUUUGACUUUAUGAGAAAGUUGUCUGGUGUUGGUGUUGAAAAGGAAUACUCCUACAAGGAUGUUGAAAAGGUUCUCAAAUUUAAAGAAUUUGCUGAGAGAAAUCCACGUGAACUCUCUGAAGAACAACAAGAAUCACUCGAAAAGAUUGAAAAGAAGGUUGCUAUGGAAUUCAAACUCUACAAUGAAAUCCAAGAAGAAAAGAAGAGAUUUAAGGAUAUUUCAGCUGAAAUUUUCAAUUUCCAAAAGGUUGAAAUUUUAUUAGAAAAUGUUUCGGAUAUUCCUUCCUUGGAAGAUGAAGCAAUUGAAUUAGCAAACAUGGUGAGAAUGAAGAAGACUUUCAACAUGUAUGUUAGAGAAAUUCAAAAGAGAAAGGCAACAGCAAGAAGCUACGAUGACAUUUUGAGAAAGGCCUCAAAGGAGAACAUUGAUGUGAAUAUUCUUGUUGGUGCUGCAAUGACUCAAAAGACAAACGAUGUUCAAUUGGAAGAUGAGUUGAAUGAAUUGAUUAGAAGAAAGGACUUGAAGAAAUUACAAGAUUUCAUUGGUAAGAAUUCAGAUACCAUGCCAAGAAAUUUACUCAAAAUGGCAAAUGCCAAGUUGAACAAUUUGAGAAGAGAAAAUAUGUCACCUCUUGAAUUGAUUGAACAAAUUAACAAUGCUAUUGACGUUCAUGCUAAGGAAGAAUUGUUAAAUGCAAUUGAAAUUGCUAACAAAUUAUUGAACGAAGAUAUUGCUGAACAAUCCAAGACUCAACUUCAAAAUGCCAUCGAACGUGCCCAAGUAACCAUCAAGGAAAUUACAAACAAGGAAAAUAUCGAAAAGAUCAAAUUGUAUCCACAAGAAUUCAUGAAAGAAGCUUUGCAUUCUGAUGAUUUUGAUGAAAUUGAUGUUGAAAAUGAUUCAUUCAACAUGACAAGAAAGCUUCGUCAAGUUCAAGGGCUCACCGAUUACUCAUCCUUGUCCAGAGAGGAAAAACAAAAAGACAAUGUAUUCGGCCAAAACUUGAUCAAAGUUCUCUACGAUAUUUUGAAUCACAAGACAAAGAAACGUUUCUUCUACUUGUCUAAGGAUCCAUAUGAAAUUCUGAGUGGUUUGAAGGCAUCCAAUGAUCACAUUGGUAAACUUGUCGAUUCAUUUGAUUCUAACGAAUUGGUUAAAAGAUUGAAGAAGGAAAAGAAAAACGAAGCUCUUUCAGUCCAAUUUAUUUACUACCUCCUCUCUGAACGUUCUUUCAUGUUUGUGGUUGAAUUAUUGUUAACAUCUGACGCCUACCUAAAGGAUUGCUACGAAUUGGAUUCUGUAGUUCUUGAUAGAAGAUACAGAGAUGAUAUUUACCCACUCAUGUCAUUAUUGGCCAUGUUCCAAUUCACAUUCUCACUUAGAUCAUCAACUGAUGUGUUGGCUGCUUCUCCAGUUUCCAGACUGAAAGGUAUUGUCAGAUCGAUUGUACACUACUUUGUAUCGAAUAGAACUGAAACUAAAUCUAAUUUAGAACUCAGUGGCAAGGAAGAUUGGGAGAAGAGUAACAUUGGUGAGCUGAUUCGUAAAAAGUUGGUACCAACAGUUGCAGAAAUAUUCAAUCACAAGUUCAAGAGUGGUUUCAUUUCAAAAUAUCACAUUUGGCAAUUCAUUCAAGAUGUUGCUGAACAAAAGAGAAUCAGUGCUAUUGACAUUGGAGGUAUCAAUUUACCAACUGCAAUUGAUUUUGUGAACGAGGCAGUUGAUAAUCCUUUAGACUUUGACUUUAAAUUCGAGACAUUUAUUUGUUACGCUUUGAAUAGAGGUCUUAUGGCUGAAUUCUUUGAAAGUAUCUUGAAGGACAGAUCAUUCCUAGCUAAGUAUUAUGACCAAUAUGCUCUAGUAUUAGAUAAGGAUGUUAUCGGUAACACUGUCAAAUAUUUCGAAAUCAUUUCUCAAUUACCAUUCGAUUUAAUAGAAUCCUCUGAAAAGUAUAACCAAAAAUAUAACCAAUAAAAAUUUAACUUAAUGCUCCUGAUUUUGCUAA